UUUACGAUUAAGGCUUCUUCCCCUAUUUCUGUCGGCACAAUUCUCUCCUGUAGUCGAUGAAUAUGCUGUUCUCCGCUCACCUUUCAUCUUCCAGAUCUUCUCUUUCUCUUCUCACCGGAACCGUUUCAACACAUACUUUCAUCUUCAUUGCUCUCAUUCAAUGGAUUCUUUUCAUCUUCCUCUCCAUUACUCUAUUUAUAAAUCUCUACUUUUUGCGUCGAUUACAAUUGAUUUUCUUUUCUCAUACAAAAGUCCCGAUGGAGCCCAAAGGAAACUCACCGAACUCCGGCGAUCGCAAUACCAACAAGAAGACCGUCGCCUCCUCCGCGACUCCAAGGCCAAGCCGGAAGUCUACUGGUUCCUCUGACACCGUGAUGAAACCUAACGGGAAGUCUCCUGUUUUGUCUGCUCUCUCCUCCGCGCGUGGCGAUCAAGUGACUCCAAGGCCAAGCCGGAAGUCUACCGGUUCCUCCGACACCGUGAUGAAACCUAACGGAAAGUCUCAUGUUUCGUCUGCUCUAUCCUCCGCGCGUGGCGAUCAAGUGAUGCUCUUUAGAGAUGUUUCGUUCGGCCCACACGAAGCCGACCUAAGGUUUCGACUGAUUCAUUUCUGGGAGGCUCGAAAUCCAAACUCGAAAACGCUCAUUGGACAGGAGAUGCUCCUCAUAGAUGAAGAGGGGACUGUUAUUCAAGGUUUUGUUCCAGCGGGUCGGGUUGGGACAUAUGAGCUGGCUUCUGGUUCUGUUUAUAAGCUAAGCAAUUUUUACGGCUCCAGAAACAAAGCUCAGUAUCGGGUUACGGAUCAUAGCGCCACCGUCACAUUCGCUUGGAAUUCUGAGCUAUCGGUUAUUGAUAACCCUCCGGUUGCAUUCCAGGAAGAUAGGUUCAGGUUCUACAGUUACGAGGAGUUUCAGGCUGACUGCGACCGCAAAAUUAAUCUUUAUGACUAUGUUGGCCACAUGAAGCUGGUGGAUGGGCAGGCUAUCACUGAACGUAUGGUCCUCGACGAAGUUGACAUAGCAGAGAAGCGACAUCUAUGUGUUCAUGUUCAGACACAUGGCGGGCCAGUAAUGAAACUCUAUCUAUGGGACCAGGCCGCAUCUGAAUUCUGCGAGAAAUUCAAGUUGUAUGUAAGCACUCCAAGCGUUCUUUUGGUCACAACAGUAAACCCUAAACAUCUUGGAGGAACACUUGCUCUCACUUCGAUGUCAUCAUCUCGAGUGUUUAUGGAUGCUGAUGUCCAGCCUAGCAGGGAUUAUCUUGCCUGGUUGAGUUCCAACUCAGAUAUUGCUAACAAAAUUGAUGCAGAGGUUGUUACUAAGCCUGAGACCGCAACUCUAGCGGAACUUUUCUCCUACAUCAAACUGGAAACUGCUAAGGUUGCAUGAUUCGAAUGCACAACAACUAUAGACGAUGUCGUUCGUGGUUCCGCUUGGUAUUAUAUUUCAUGCGGUGGGUGUAACAGUAAGGCAGUCAAUGGGCCUACCUCUCUCAUUUGUAACAACAAGAAAUGUGACAAGAGUGUUGUUACAGGCGUUCCUCAAUACCUCACGAGGAUUAAUGUUUAUGAUAAGAGUGAACAGGCAGUUUUCGUGAUCCUUGGUGACGCCGGCAGAGAGUUGACUGGAAAAUAUGCAUCAGAAUUAGUUGCCAGUUACUUUGAGUGUAAUGAGGGCGUAGAGGCUGAUCAGUGCGUGCCGGUGCCGCAGGCUCUACUCGAUACAAUAGGGCAGACACAUAAAUUCAUUGUGAAAGUCUCCGAUCUUAAUUUCUCAGGGAAGACCCAAACCAUUACUGUCACGAAAGUAUUCCCACCAGAAGCUCCACAUCAUGUAGCUCUCUUGGAAGAACACGCUGUUCCAUCAACAUCUGAUGAUGUCUUGAAGUCUGUAAGUGAGGACUCCGGUCCUAUCAGAGGUCUUGAUGGUACUGUGGGUGAGAGGGUUAGGAAAGCCUCUGAUGGUAUGGAGCCGGAUGAAGCCAAACGUCCCAAGAGUGGCUAAUACAGCUUUAUCAAUCCUCUUAUGCCAUGAUUGAUUUUGCUGCAGUUUAAGUUCCGUUUUAUGUUUACCAUUUUUAUCUUCAAACUUUUGUUCAUUGCAUGCUUUCUAUGUUUCUUUUAAUACACUUUCCCUUUUAUGGUUUUAUAUUAUGUUAGUCUUAUUUUCCCUUA